CGAAAUAUGUUUCGUUCGGUAUAUAAGCUUGCUCCAGAGCUGCAGAUAGUCACAGUUUGGCUUCUGCCUGUAUUCAGUGAGCAGCAAACCGAGUUUCACCCCGAAAAGGUCAACUAAACCCCCCCUCAUCCGUGCAAAGAUGAAAUUCUUCGUCGUUGUCGCCCUGGCCCUGGUUGCCGCCGUCGCCGCCCAGGAUAAGUACACCACCAAGUACGAUGGUGUCGAUCUGGACGAGAUCCUGAAGUCGGACCGUCUGUUCAACAACUACUACAAGUGUCUGAUGGAUACUGGCCGCUGCACCCCGGACGGUAACGAGCUGAAGCGCAUCCUGCCCGACGCCCUCAAGACCGACUGUGCCAAGUGUAGCGAGAAGCAGAAGAGUGGCACCGAGAAGGUGAUCAACUACCUGAUCGACAACCGCAAGGACCAGUGGGAGAACCUGCAGAAGAAGUACGACCCGGAGAACAUCUACGUCAACAAGUACCGCGAGGAUGCCAAGAAGAAGGGCAUCAACCUGUAAGGAGUGUGCGCUAUGUUUUUGUUAGUGUCACAAACAAACGAUCUGGACCGCUUGCGCAACGAAAUGGGACGUGCGAGAUAAUGUUUAGGGACUGAAUUGACCGUACCGGGCAGGUAAACUGCAUACCAGAACCAAGUGCCUCUUUACUUACAUUCGCAAAACACACACACAAACACAAACCUACAUAACCUACAGCUCAGAACAGCAGUGUUAGUUAGGCCGACGUUUCCAGCCUGCGAAGAGAGAGUGCCGGCGCAAUUCCUCGAACGGAGCGAACGAUCGAGCUCGGCCCCCUCUUCUAAUGGUGACCGAUGCAGUUCGGUGAUGUGAUAUGCGAAGGAAGAGCAGCAAAGCAAGUAGUCGUCGAAUCCUAUGGGUUCAUGAAGCGUUAAUAAUUUGUUUUAAAUGAAAACUCAACCCGCACGAUCGUCUGGG